UAGAAAAUGAAAGUUCACUUUAGCUUGUGGCUUGACCAGCCCGAGAGUGUGGCACGGGCACCAGCUUCUGGUGAGGGCCUCAUGGCAGACGGCAUUACCCAGCAGGAGCCCAAGUGAGAUGGGGCUGGAGGAGGACAAGACCUGUCCCUGAUAGCAACCCCAGGGCAGGCAUAGUGGGGAAGAUACCACUGGGACACCUUCAUCCCAUACCGUACCACCCGGGAUCCAUCCCCAGCCUCGGCUCCUGAGUCUGACUCGAGAGCAAAACAUCACCCCGAGUGGAGAAAAAUGCAAUCUGGAGACCACUAACCCUAGGGAAUCUGGAGAAUGAACUCAGGCAGAGAAAGGAAACCCAUAGGCAUCUUCCAUACAAUUAAGAAUAUUUGACUGCUGAAGCUGGGUGAUCCCCACUCAUCAUUCAUUGUGUUAUUUUACAGCACUUUGUGAAUCUCCAAAAGAAUGUACAAUGAUAUUUAAAAGAGGAGAAGCUGAGUGGGGAGGGGAAUAACAGAAUCAGUUAAAACCCAAGUCUUGCUGGACAGCAUCUCUGCACAUGACACAGCUGUGUACUCGUUCCCACCCGCAGAGGAGGCCAGCAGGUGUAUUGGUGACCAGGGCCCUGGACACUGUGGUCCCCAUGCCAGGGCAAGGGAAGUGGGCAGAGAGGCAGAACAACAGGCCCUUGAGGGAAAAGAACCGACUGUGGCCCCAAGGUGGCAGCCUAGGGGCAGUGUGGGGCCCAGGACCAAGGAGGUGCUGGGGGAGGGCUGAGUCGCUUUCCCUGCAGGGAGCAACCUGGUGAUCAGCACCCUGGGGAGCUGCGGGCCUGUGGCUGCUCCUGCCCGACAUGUGCUGUCCCUGUCCUUAUGGUCAGCAGCAGCCCGGUGUUACCAGCAUGCGGCUCAGGAGCUGGUGCCCAGGAGUUCUCAGCACUCUGUGCCUGAAGCCCUGGUCAGUGUCAGGACAGGGCCCUGGUUCCCGCUCUGGACAGUCUGGGCCAUGCCAGCUUGAGGUCCUAUGCAGGUGGUGCUCAGCGGGCGGCUCCCCUGCCCUCCAUCCCAGGAGGACCCCCUGUGUCCACCUCCUAAAACUCCUGGGAAGAGGGGCUGGAACAGAGCAGGAGGGGUCAGCAGGGGUUGGGAGUGCUGGGGUCAGGCCUGUGGUAGGACAGCAGGCUGCAACCCUGGGAGUCUCCGUUCAGGUCAUUCAGGGGCAGCCCCGAGUGUGGGAACUUCAGGAAGAAGGACUGGCCAUGAUGGGGCACCCUGUUCCACCUUGUGUUCAAAUAAAGAGGACUUCACAGUUGGGCUGUAAUAAAAUGGCAGAGGAAGAAAUGAGGGGCAGGAGGUGCAGGUUGCCUGGGACUUGGGACCGUCACGGCAGGUGGCAGAGGGCCCUGACACCCCUGGUUCUGGGGCAGUUCUGCCAGAGCCCUGCCCUCUUCACCUGGGCCCUGGGGAGAACACAGGCCCCACUUCUGGUGACCUUUAAUUAAGCUAGGGCUGAGAACCCUGACCCCUGCCACAGCAGAGCCACUUGGGAUUGGCUGGCAGGAUUCUGUGACAUCACAGUCACUGAGAAUUGUGCACUCUUGGUUGUCGGCAACCAGUGGCCAGUCGUGCAUCUACUGCCCAACUGACCAGAUGUUGGUAGCGUAGGCAGGAAGCACAUUUCAUAGAAUCUAAUGGAUACUCGAAGGAGAUUGGAUAUGGACGCCCUGAGGUCCGGCAGGGCCCAGGAGCGAGCAGGGAUCAUCUUGAAAUAUGAGCAGGGUCCCCGUAAAGGGCCCCAGUUUCACCUGGGAGAAGAGGACGACGAGAGUGGAGCCCUCGUCCCAGACAAACUUGGCUUCCUGUGUAAGCAGAAGCCGCCCAGGCAUGGAUGCCUGGCAGUGCAAUGGCGUAAACAUCAGGAGGGCCGCCGACUGCAAAAAUGGAACAAGAUGCUGCGAAAUUUCACCAAGUACCGCAGCAGUGAGAAGUUCCACCGGAGAAUUGAGAAAGGCAUCCCCGCCCAGGUGCGCGGCAAGGUGUGGGCCAUGAUGCUCUCCGUGGAUACCCUGAAGGCCCAGAACCCUGGCAAAUUUGAGGAGAUGAAGGAACGGGCCAGGUUGUGCUCAGAUCAAGUCCAACAGAUCGAUGAAGAGGUAGCACACACAUUCAGAAGUCACAUCAUGUUUCGAGAGCGAUACGGAGCUAAACAACGCUCCUUAUUUGAGGUGCUCCUCGCAUACUCAAUGUACAACCCCGAAUUGGGCUACAGCCAGGGCCUAAGCCACGUGGCAGCCCUGCUGCUGAUGUGGCUGAGUGAAGAGGAUGCUUUCUGGGCCCUAGUCCAGCUCAUGGGGGACAGCCAGCACGCGAUGCAUGAUUUCUACACACCAGACUCCCCAAAACUGGAGCAAUUCCAGCACCAACUGGGAGCUAUCAUGCGUCGCGUGCUCCCCUCCCUGGAGAAACACCUGGAGAAGGAGGGUGUGUGCCUGGAGGACUACACCGCACACUGGUACAUCCAGUGCUUCCUGGAUGGGGUGCCGUUCCCCCUGGCACUUCGGAUGUUCGACAUUUACAUCCUUGAGGGCGCGCACGUACUCACCGGCAUGGUGUACACCGUCCUCAAGGUCCACCGAAAGCGCCUGCUGAAGAUGUCCAGGGACCACAUCCGGGAGUUCCUGCAGGUGACCCUGAAGCAGGCCUGGUCACUGAGCGAGGAUGCGGUCAUCAGGCAGCUGCGGGCCUCCAUGCGUGAGCUGGGGAAGCUGCAGUGCCUCCUGCCUCCCGAAGAAAAGCCAACCGAAGAUGGCAGCCAGACCCUGCAGGUGCCGCCUGGCUCUCAGGAGCGUGCUCCCCCACCAGUGUCCCUCAAGACCAUCGUUGAGCGCAAAGUCUGUCACCCUGCUGCUGCAGCUCCCCAGGAGCCAGCGGAGGCUUCAGCUUCUGUCCCCGGGGAGACCGGUCCUCUCGGAUCUGCUGUCCAGGCGGAAACCAAGCAACACACCAAGGAGGAGAAGGGCAGUCGUGGCGAGAGCACCACCCAGCGCCACGGCCAGGGCUCCUCCAUGGGGGCCUCAGGGUCAGGGGGCGCCGCCCACCUCUCGGGCCCACAGUGCUCCUGGCUGGACGAGCCAGGCCCCCUCCGGCGCUGGACUUCCCUGACCAAACUCAACGUGACCUUCCAAGAUGACAACUCCGACUCUGAGGACGAGGAGUACUACAGCGGCCUGGAGAAGCAGGAAGAGGACGAAGAGGAGGAGGAAGAGGAGGAAGACCGGGCUGCUGAGUGUCCUGCGUCUCCCUGGCCAAAGCUGCUGCAGGACCUGAGAUUCGUCCUGCCCGAGACAAUUUUUGAAGAGGACGAGGAGGGAGGCUGUGAAGAGGGUGCCUCCCCAGAGCCCUCGUCCCCAGCCCUGUCUGUGAAGUCCUCAGAGUCUCUGCGUGGCCUGGGCCUCUCGGCCCCACAGAGCUUGCAGAGCAGGGGAGACCUGUCCCGAUGGGCGGGCCUCCCAAAUCUCAGCCCGCCUGUCAAAGGCGCUGAUUUCUGGCCCCUGGAGCUGGGUGGCCAGCAGGGUCUCAGGGCCCCUCCCCCACCUGCCUCAGAGCCCCUGGAUCCCGGGCCCAUGCAGGCUGUACCAGCCCUGGGAGCAGGGCUGAAGACACCCUGCCUGCAUGGGAGCCCCAUGCACUCUGGGGACAGGCUGGAGCCUGCAGGAGCCAGCUCUGCGCUGGGAGACCAGGCGCAUGUGCCCAGCCUGGCUCGAGGCCUCCUUGCUGCCCAUUCCAUGGAGGAGCUGGAUGUGUGUGGGCACCUGGAUGGGAAGAACAGCCCACCAGGUGUCCAGCUCAGACGGGCCAGAAGCUUAGCCUGUCUAAGCACAGCGGCCUCCCCGAUGGACAAGGCUCCUCUCUGGAGCUCCUCUCCCCCAUCCUGAGGCCUCACCCAUGCUCAUCUCGGCCAAGGAGGCUAGCUUGUCUAUGCCCGCCGGCCUCCCUGAUGGUCAAGGCUCCUCUCUGGAGCUCCUCUCUCCCUCCCUGAGCUGCCUCACCCUAGCUCAACUCGGCCAAAAGCCUAGCUUCUCUAUGCCCGGCACCUCCCGACUGACAAGGCUCCUCUCUCUGGAGCUCCUCUCUCCCUCCCUGAGCUGCCUCACCCUAGCUCAACUCGGCCAGCAUCUAGCUUCUCUUUGCCCGGCAUCCUCCCUGAUUGACAAGGCUCCUCUCUGGAGCUCCUCUCCCCCUACCUGAGCCGACCCUAGCUCAACUCGGCCAGCAUCUAGCUUCUCUAUGCCUGGUGGCCUCCCGAAUUGACAAGGCUCCUCCUCUCUGGAGUUCCUCUCCCCCUUCCCUGAGCAGCCUCACCCUAGCUCAUCUCGGCCAGAAUCUAGCUUCUCUAUGCCCAGCGGCCUCCCCGAUUGACAAGGCUCCUCUCUGGAGCUCCUCUCCCCCUCCCUGAGCGGCCUCACCCCAAGCCAGCCCACUGCCACAGUUGCUAUGGGCACCCUCAGAGCAGGAGAUGAUGUAGGACAUGAACCCAGGCACCUGUGGGCUGCCACAUACCCCUCCCGCCUUCGUGAGGGAACCCGGGAACUUCUGCCCCUUGUUGAUUGUGCAUUAAAUUGUUUCAGAAUGCAUCUGAUUUUGUGACCCCUGGAGCCGAGCUGCCACACAGGGUCCCUGAGUCCCUUGCAAGAGGCUGGAGGUGCCACAGCCUCCAGAUGCAGUCAGACCCUGCUCAGGGUGCUCCAUCACUUCCUGAGAUUGACCUGUGCCCAGCGUGGACCAGGGGAGGACCAGAGGAGCAGCAAUGGCUGGGUACAUGUGGCCUUUGGGACAGUUCAGGAGUGUGGGCCCAGCCAAGGGACCAGGCCCAUGAUCACCUCUGUGCACUGUCCUGGGUGUGGGGGCACCAGGUUCCCACUCUUCUUCCCUCUUUGCCUUCUAUCCUCCCUGCCCCAUCUCACAAUCGAGCAUCUCAUGGCCUGAGCCUGCGAGAGGACCCCAGGGCACUUCUGACCACAGACCAGGAUGCCAGUGGGUGGAGGCAGCCCCAGAAUGUCCAGGUGGUCCUGGUGGCACACCUGGCUGGACAGAUGCCCACAUGCCCUCUAGC